AUGCAGGGUCCGUGGUUCCUAUGGAGUGCACUAACCAGCACCGCAAAACUCUCUAAUUUUCUUCAAGUCCUCAUUUUCCUCCCGCUGACCCUCUCCACGCUCUCCAAAUCCGCAUUUUUGCUCUUGUCCCUCCUCAUCUUCCUCCAGUCUCUUAUCCAUGGGACGCUCCAGCUCCUUUGGGGCUCUCCCGUGCUCCCCGUUAUGCAGCUCCCCAUCCAGCCAUUCCUCUUGCUCGUCUGCUUCAAUAUCUUCUCGGAGUCUGUGCACCCGCUGCUCUUGAACUUGGCGUCAUGGUGGGGGACCAUUCUCACGUACUCGAGCCCGCUCUUCAUCAUAUUCGAGGCCAUGUCAAGCCUGCUUGUCUCGCAGAAGCUGGGUCAGGUGGGGAGGGAGCUCGUUGGGGAGGGCGAGGCGUAUCAGUUCGGCCUGCUUAUUGCUGCCGCUGCCGCGUAUGUCGUGUCCGCAUGGUGGAUUGUCGUGGCUUAUCCCGCCGCUGCGCUGUCCCCGUUGUCGUCUACGCUCCUUGGAGUGGCACUGACCGCCUUUCUCUUCCUUACAUUCAUCGGGUUUGUGUUGCGGCGCACGAACGUCAUCGAGUCUUCGGGCCUGGCCCUCUUCAUUGCCUACAACAUCUGGCUUUGUGGCUUUGACCAGCAAUCGUUCACUGACCUCGGGUCGACAUAUGUGCCUCUUGUGGGCAACAUCGUGCCUCACUUGCAGACCUUGGUCAAUUUCAUCAUGAACACCUUGCCAAAGCCGGUGCUCAUCGCGCUCAUCUAUCGCGUCGCGAUUCUGCUAUGUGCCGCGCGGAUCCUGCCGACCAUUGGCGCAGACAGCUGGGAAACGGAGUAUGGCGUGGAUGAUGGCUGGGACGGUCGACCGACUUCUCGGUUAACGAAGAUUUUGCUGACCUACCGACAGUCGAUUCUGGUCACAGUAUACACCCACCUACUUUUGCUCGACCAUUCCUCACAAGUUUGGUGGCGAUGGAUGAACAUCUUCUUCACGCUCUUCAUAUGGAGCAUCGAGCUACUUGUCAGCGCGGAAGACGACGCGAUCACGAAGGAGUGGAAAGUCGACUAA